GGAGCCCCGAGACACAAAGAGUGACACAGAAUCCACUGAGAACAUGAGUCUGGAUGGGUACCAUCCCGCCUCUCCUCCUGCAGUAGCCAGCCCUGGCCCAGAGAAAAUGAGAACUCUCAGCCCUUCUGGGUCCAACGCAUCCAGCUUGACUGUCCCUAUCCGCUCCAGAGAGGCUCUUCCCUCCGAUUCAGACAGUGAAUCUCGUCUAGGGAGCCGGGGUACUGCUUCAGCAGAUGAGAGUGAAACUUUAUUCAAGAAGAAUCCCAGGAUAAGUCAGAGAUCUUCGGAAUACACCAAGUCAGUGAUCGACCUGCGACCGGAGGUGCCCAGCAGUGAAACUGGGUCUCUUGGAGACAGAAGCAAGUCUGUGCCGGGCCUCAAUGUUGACAUGGAGGAGGAGGAAGAGGAAGACAUUGACAGCCUGGUAAAGAUUCACCGGCAGAGGACAGCCAGGGGCAGCAUGCGUAGCGGCGUGUCCUCGAGCACUUUGGGAAGCAUGGUCAGCAUUUACAGCGAGGCCGGUGACUUCGGCAACAUCUGCGUGACGGGGGAGAUUGCCUUCUCCUUGAGCUAUGAGCAGAAGGUGGAGAUCCUGUUCAUCCAUGUGAAGGAAUGCCGCCACCUGGCUUACGCUGAUGAGGCCAAGAAGCGCUCCAACCCGUAUGUGAAGACGUACCUUCUUCCAGACAAAUCCCGACAAGGGAAGCGCAAAACCACCAUCAAACGGAACACUGUCAACCCCCAGUACAAUGAAAUGCUAAAGUAUGAGAUCGAUAAGUCCCUGCUGAUGACCAGGACUCUGCAGUUCUCAGUCUGGCAUCACGAUCGCUUUGGCCGAAAUAUGUUCUUGGGAGAGGCAGAGGUUCCGAUGGACUCCUGGAACUUUGAGAACCAGUUGGAGGAAUGCCUCCCACUGCAUGGCAAGGUUGGUGUUGACUCGGCUGCCUCCCCUCAAUAUAAAGGCGAGCUGGUGGUUUCCUUAAAAUAUAUCCCACCUGCUAAGCAUCCCAAUUCAGGGAAGGGACGAAAAGGCAAAAGAGAAGAAGGAGGUGAACUGCAGGUCUGGAUCAAAGAGGCCAAGAAUUUGACAGCCGCCAAAUCUGGGGGGACGUCUGACAGCUUCGUCAAGGGGUAUUUGCUCCCUCUGCGGAACAAGGCUACCAAAAGGAAAACCCCGGUUGUAAAGAAGAGCCUAAAUCCCCACUACAACCACACCUUAGUCUACAACAGCGUCGCAUUGGAAGAACUGCCCCACAUCUGUCUGGAGCUUACUGUGUGGGACCGAGAGCCCCUGUCCAGCAACGACUUCCUGGGAGGAGUCCGGCUGGGGGUUGGAAAUGGAAUGAGUAACGGUCAGAUGGUAGACUGGAUGGACUCUACGGGUGAGGAGAUCAGUCUGUGGCAGAAGAUGUGCAAGUACCCGGGGUCUUGGGCAGAAGGAACGCUUCCUCUUCGCCCCACCAUGGCUAGGCCGAAGCCGUGACCUUGUUCUUGCUGGACUGGGGACUGAAAACGGGAGGCCAAGGAGGA